AGAAACAACGUCCUCUCACCGUCCCUCAGUUCCUCUACUUCCUCUCAGACCACUGUGAGGUUGCAGCUCUCGUCACCCCGCCUCAUGUGAUGUAGUUUGUGUUUGCAGCUGGGAGUGGAAAGGUGCUGCUGAGUGAUGAGAGUCUGUUCAUCAUGAAGGUCCUGCUGCUGCUGCUGCUGCUCACAGUGUCAGGAUGUGACAACAUCAGCGUUGUUGGUCAGAUCGGUCAGGAAGUGUCUCUGAGAUGUAGAUAUAAUAUAAAAUACUAUAAUGCAUCGGGUAUUUGCUGGGGUCGAGGUGAGUUACCGAAUAGAGGCUGCAGCAAUCAGCUCGUUGGUACAGGUGAAUACAAAGAAGAGACCAGAGUUUCCAGCAGGUAUCAGCUACUGGGUCGACUGGAUAAAGGAGACGUUUCUCUGACCAUCCAGAACCUCAGAGAGGAAGAUGCUGGAAGAUACGCAUGCAGAGUGGGGAUACCUGGAUGGUUCAAUGAUCUGAAACAUUAUGUUGACUUGACUGUUGAGAGAGGUCUGCCUCCAUCACCUCCACCAGAGACACAGAUACUCACAGAGAGACCAGAUUCUGCUGGGACCACAGCAGAUCUCAUGACCACAGAGAACCUCCUGACUUCCUGCACUGACAGCAGCACCACAGCUGAGUGUAAGAACAAGCUGAUGGUGGUUCUGGUGUGUGUUCCGUUACUGUUGGUGGUUCUGGUCACAGCAGGCGUGCUCUUCAUUAUGGGACCUGCAGACCUGACAGUCAUUGAGUCGACCAUGACCACGUGUGUUUAUCAGCGGGUUCCAGAGUCACAUGUUGGUCCAUCUGUCCAGCAGCUGAAGACAAAAACAACUACUGAGACCCAUUACUGCUGAAGGUGGUUCUACAAGCUUCUGGCUCAUGGUUUGGGUUCAGCCAGAAGAUGGAGGCAGCUCCAACGCGGAGUGUCUUGAUGUCUCUACAUCUGGCUGAAUGAUUUCAGCUGGAGCUUUUUUAAAAGUCCGAAUGGUUCUGCUGUUAAGAAGCUGGUAGUUCGUUAACUCUCUGCUGAUGAUUCAUGACUCGGCUGCAUUAGUUUCUCCGCCUCCUCAUCAGAAAACCAUCAUGUCAGCCCAGUGCUCAUCCCAGGAACCUCGGCCCGGGCUGCAGUCUUUUGCAGGUCUUCAGCUCCAUCAGAAUCUCCUCAUCAGCAGAGCUGUUGUCUCCACUGCAUCCUCAGCCAUCCCACCACUGCUCAGCUAUGAGCAGGAUGUGAGCCGACGGGACGAUUCCCACCAGCAAAGGAUGUGGAUCACAACAAUCAGGGCAGUCCUGGGUCUGUGGCCUGGUUCUGGUGACCAGAGGUGGGUUCACAUUUACGUCAGUAACUUUUUCAACAAAAUGUGCUUUUAGGAGUAGUUUUACUGCACUGUACUUUUUACUUUUACUUGAGUCAUAUUAUUACUCAAGUAUCGCUGCUCUUACUAAAGUAAAUCUCUGGCUCCUCUACCUGCUGUGAGUAACUUCAUGAAUAAAGAAACAACUGGUUUUAACUAAAAAUGCACAAGAGACAAAAACCUGGAGUCUAUGUUAAAGUGAGACCUCUUAUUUGUUCACAAUCUUUGUUAUUUUGACGUUUUUUUUCUAUCUGCUGAGCUCAUUGAGCCGUUUGGAGGUCAGGUGA